AUGGGCCUUUCCAGCUUGUUUGGUAACCCCCCAUACUUCUAUAUUUUGUCACUGUUAAUCUGCGCUUUCUUCAGGGAUCAACGCUCUGAAAGGCUAAUCGGACAGAUAAUGUCCGCCCAACAAAACGAUGCCCCGAGAGGACAGUCUCAAGGGGAGCAGUGCCCGAUCUCGCCGGACUGGAAGCCCCAUGCCAAGCCGUUCGAUAACCCUCGUUUAAGAGGUUUCAAAAGACCCGGGAAUCUUUGCUUCCGAAACGCCACAAUCGCACUACUCGUCCAUAGUCCCAUCUUAUUCAACUGCCUCACUACCUACGUGAGCCACCACAAGCAUAAAAGCCCGGAUUGUAAAGGAUGCAUUCUCUGUGCACUAUAUGAGGUUAUGCGGGUAUAUUGGUCUGAAGGCCGCCUUCGCAAUGAGCACCAAAAACGAAUGAAUACUCUCUGGAAAAUUGUGGCUAGCCUCCACCCUAGUUACAACACUGGCCAGCAUGAUGUACCUGAGUUUUUGGAGGAAUUUUAUAACACGCUACACGAUGCUACAGAGGUCCAAUACCAUGCAGACCUUGAUAAUUUGUUCAAGGUCAUCAAAGUCGAGUACAAUGCUUGCGGAAUAUGCCAACAUGUAGGUACUUCCGCAAAGACCUCUUCUCUUAUUCUUCCAGGCUCAUGCCCGAGCAAUAGAACCUUCAUCACGGUUGAAGAUGCAAUCAAGGAGGUAUUCACCAAUUCUAUUACAGCAGCUAGGUGCGAAAGAUGCCAGAAGACUGGCUAUCGGACUGACUGGUUUGCAAGCUCACCCGAGAAUCUCUUUGUGCAGUUUCACAGGGGAGAAACUCAAAAAACCAACACGCAGAUUCAACUCAAAAACAGGCUUAUCAUCCCGAAGGGGUGUGUAUUUGAGGAAUUACAGGAUAAAGGAAAGUUUGAAUAUGAGCUUUACGGCGUCGUUUUCCACAAAGGAACAAGUUCCCAGGGUCACUAUACCAUCGCAGUCAGAGGCCCUAACGGAGUAUGGACGGAGAUCGAUGACACUAAGUCAUACUCCUUGGAUGAAACUAAAUUCCUCUCGUCACCACAAAAUCGCCGAGACGCCUAUCUGUUGGCAUAUCAAAGGGUGAGAGAGCGAGACAAGAUAGAACAAAGCAAGCCCUCUUACCCGCCCAAAAAUCCACCAUCUGCACCGCCUCUGGAAGUUCAUGCCGCCAAGCCUGUCUUCGAAGAAAAAUUGUCCCAUGUAAGACCAGCUAAUAAUGGUAAUCGGAUUAAGUUGGAGCAGACCAUCCGGCUUGAAGGGUCCACCAUGGCAUGGGCACACAUCCUUACCCUAGAUCAUUUCGAAGGGACACAAUUUGAAACAAAAGACCAGAAUAUCGAAUUGCGAACAAGGAUAUCUGCUGAGAUUACAGAUGCUAAACCGGCGAAGAAGCAAAAGACUCAACACAAAAUUGUUGCGAAGAAGGCUGCAAAACGAAAGUGCCGUAUGGAGUCUGAUGCACGAUACGAACCUGAUGGCCCUUGA